AUGCCCCAUGAUUUCAAGCUGUCGCAACUCCAUCUCCGCAACACCACUCUAUUUCUUUUUUUAUUUGGCCAAGAACCCGCGGAGAUCGCUGGACGUAUGAAGGAGGUUUACAAGAAGGUUGCUCCUGCCAGUUGCACAAUUUACAAGUGGCACUCGAAGUUCACGUCGGACAACUAUUCCAUCGAAGAUGAAGACCGUCCGAGACGCUCAAUGGAGUUGGAUUUGGACGUGCUGCGGAGCCAGGUGGAAGCUGACCCGUAUCAAACUAUUCUUGAACUGGCAGUCACUCUUGGUGAUUCAGUCCACAAUUAUUCGGUUGAAGUCGAUCGGCAAGGUGCGAAAGUUCGGUCGAUGGGUGCCUCAUGCUCUCACGCUCAAGCGCAGGAAUGGGUCAGGUGUAUUCAUUGGUAUGUAUUUAGAAGAGCUUUUCAUACUCUAUCCAACCAUGCCUCGCGCGUCCAUUUUCGUCACCUCUUUCCCGAGUUAUGA